ACAACAAGGCCGGGGGAGAGCUUGUGAAAGAGGGAAGAGCUAUGAAAACCCGGGGAGAAGCUGAAAUCACAGCAGCACCGCGAAGACACCGUACACAGAGGACAGAGAGGAUGAGUGGAGGAGAGAGCGCCGAUCAGUGAGGUCUCCAGAGAGGGAGAGGGGAGGAAGGAGAUGAGCAGUGAGAGAGGGGGAAGCAGCCAACGCAGAGAACAUCCGUCAGCUGAUGUCUGAUCCCUGGAGCAGCAGGGCUACGCAGACGCUGCCCAGGCCCCGAGUCAGCCCCCCCAGCUCAGCCACAACCCCCCCAGCAGGGACAGCAGACCAUCCACAUCAGCUGUGAAUAAGAGUCAUGAGGACGUCCAGGAAGGGCAGCGUGGAGAUGCCGGCAUUCGUGCGGCAGCUGGUGAAGGAAACAGAGAAGAGGGUCAGCUCUUUCUUUAAAGGGGGCCGCGGGGGAGCAGCUGAGGGGGACCAGCCAGGGGAGGGGGAGAGGGAGGAGGUCAUCCCCAGCCCUUACCUGGACCGGCCCGUGCUGGACAAGCUGACGGAGGAGGGCUGCGCCCGCUGGGGCCUCACCUACGCCCUGGGGAGCAUGCAGGGCUGGAGGGCCAACAUGGAGGACUUCCACAACUGCGUGCCACAGCUGGGCGGCGAGCUGGCCGAGUGGAGCUUCUUCGCCGUGUUUGAUGGGCAUGCAGGCAGCGUGGUGGCCCAGUACUGCUCGCAGCACCUCCUGGGAAACAUCUUGGCUGCAGGUGGAAUUGGCCCGGAGGACAACCCUGAGAAGGUGAAGGGAGCCGCCAUGGAGGGCUUCAUGCAGACGGACAAGCACCUGCACUCCGUGGCCCGCCGGGAGGGCUGGGAGCGGGGCGGCACCACCGUGGUGUCCGCCCUCAUCUCCCCCUACUACAUCUACUUCGCCAACUGCGGCGACUCGAGAGCCAUGCUGUGCCGGUCCGGGCAGGUCUGCUUCUCCACCGAGGACCACAAGCCGUACUGCCCGCUGGAGAAGGAGCGCAUCGAGGGCGCGGGGGGCUCGGUGUCCCUGCAGAGGAUCAACGGCUCCCUGGCGGUGUCCCGCGCCCUGGGGGACUUCGGCUACAAGGGGGCGGAGAACCGCCCCCCCAGCCAGCAGAUGGUGUCCCCGGAGCCAGAGGUGUGCGUGGUGGAGCGCUCCCCGGCCGACGAGUUCCUGGUGCUGGCCUGCGACGGCGUGUGGGACACCAUGAGCAACGAGGAGCUGUGCGCCUUCAUCCACAGCCGGCUGCGCGUCUGCACCGACCUCAGGGACGUCUGCAGCCAAGUCAUCGAUCUCUGUCUCUAUAAGGGCAGCUUAGACAACAUCAGCAUCAUCCUGCUCUGCUUUCCUGGCGCCCCCCAACUGUCGGCAGAGGCGUUACACCAGGAGGCCGAACUGGAGGACCUGCUGGAGUCCAAAGUGGCAGAGAUUUAUGAUGAACUAUGUGCAGCCGGAGAAGAUCCUGACCUGUUGUCAGUCCUCACCGUUUUGGCGUCCACCGUCAUACCUGGAUUACCUCCAGGUGGAGGGAUACAGAGCAAGAGGAACUGUAUUAUCUCUGCUUACUACCAACAAAGAGAGAUACACAACCCUACAGAACCAAAUGAUGUGGGAAGCUCUUGAGAAGCCCAAGGGGACUUUAUCCUUUUAGAUUCUACAAAGGGAUUGUAAUUAAUGUGAAUAUAUUAAGACCAUUCAUGUCCUCGUGUGUGCAGUUCGGUCCAGUGUGACAAAGACAACCAAGAACAAAGCUGUUUGUUUACAUUGUGCCAGGCAGCAGCAUCUCACGAUAACAAAUACAAUGCAAAAAUUGAUCUAAUAAAGCCUGAUAUUUUAUAUUUAUAUGAGAAGGAUAUUUUGUUAAACUUACUCAGAGAAACAAACCGAUAAAUCCACAUAACAGACCUUGAAACUGAACCACAGGCAACUACUGUAUCAAACUACAUCUUUUCUGGUUAAAUAGGUGCGUUAAUACAUAUCGGGUUGUGUUUUAAUGAUAAUUGUAUGAAAAAUGUUAUAUAUAACAAAAGUCUAAAGUUAUCAAAUCCAGCAAAAACAUGUUGUCAGUGAGUCAAAUGUUAGCAGGUAGCGCCACAUGCUAACAGACAUUUGCUAGUUCUCAGGAAUUCAACAUUAUAUAUAUAUAUAUAUAUAUAUAUAUAUAUAUAUAUAUAUAUAUAUAUAUAUAUAAAUAUAUGUCCCAGUGACAUGCAAUUUGACAAUGAUUGAGUAUUUUCUUUAAAGAAAAAGUACAUUUCACAAUCUCAUGAUAUAAGCUAAAUUCUUUCUAAAGAGGUGUUUACCUUUUUAUUUUUCUUAAAUAUGUAAAAUAAGAGCCAUUUAGCUGUAAGUGUGGUUGGGACGGCGUAAAGAUAAAAAAAAUAGAGAUAUAAACAUAUGUCUCUGCCCAUACUUAGAUCCUUAUCUAAACAUGUUUGCAGGUCUUUCUAUGUAUUUAUUAUAUUUGAAAAACACUUUCUUAAAGUGUCUGUGAAAUGUAUUUUUUCUGUGAACUGGUUGAUGUGUACUGUUCUGCCUUAUUCAUCUUUUAUAUAGCUGAUGAAACGGAAACUGUAAAAGCAGCAGAAUGGGCCCGUUUCUGCACGGGUUCUGUUAUCUAUGUUGCAUUGCUGUGUUAUUUCUGUCAGUCAUUUUUCUGUAAAGAGACAUUACAUGGUAAAUGUAAUGAUUAUUUUAAAUCAAAAUAAAUAACAUCUGACUGGA